ACUUUCAAUGUUUUUAUUUGGGUAAAUUCCACGUUUCAUCUUUGGAUUUAUUAAAAAAAUGUCAUUUUUAGUCACUAAAAAUAUUUAAUUGCAAUUAUAGUCACUCAAAUUUGCAACGGUCCACGUUUGGUCACUAUUCAUUAGUCUCUGUCCAACUCCGUUAAUGGAAUCCGUUAUGUGCUGACGUGGCAAAAUUACUCCAUUUUUCGGCUUAAAUUACUCCAUUUUUGAAGUGUCAACUAACGCUCAAACGAACGGAAAGUUGACGAUUUGGAUAUUAGAUUGUUUUCGAGAAGGUUUGGCUAUUAUAUUGUUUAAAAUGAAAGGUUUGGAUAUUAAAUUGUAUUUACCUAAAAGAAAACAAUACUUGCCCUGCCCACUGGAAAAUAUGUGUAGCUAUCUUGCAUAAAAUAAAGCAAAAACGGAGCACAUGAUUAACUUAAGAUAAAAGUAAUAUUAUUUUAUCGUCUAGUUGGUGGUCGAGAAGGAAAAGGAAAGACUCUUGCCCGCUAGCUAAACGGGGUUAGCUAUCUCAAUCUAAUAAGCUUAGCUAGGGUUACAUAUAGAUGUUUCUGUCACUACCAUGAUUGCUCGCUCGCUCGCUCAAUAUAAAACCAAAGGUGCUCUCUCCGAUCCGAAACUACGUACAGAACACAAAAUAGGGAAAGAAAGAUCCGCCGCCGGCCACCAAGAAACAAUGGCGGCCGAAUAUGACUCACGAUUAAACCGCAACAAUAGCCGUGGUAUUAUCGAUGUUGACCGGAUUAGCGAAUUGCCGGAUGACAUCCUCGGAAGAGUCGUGUCCAUGUUGACCCUCAAAGAAGCAGCCGCCACUUCGGUCCUGUCGACCAGGUGGACAAACUUGUGGAAAUCGUCCGUCACGGUUCUCGACUUCGACGCCGGAGAAGUAUUUCAUGAUAUUGCUUCCCGCAAUCCGCCUUACUCGAGCGACGAGGAGAGGGAGGCAUGGGUGCAGGAGAAAAGGCGUUGGUACAUCAACUGGGUCAACGGAGCUUUGAGGCAGCUUCACGACGACGACGAUGGUGCCUCGAAACCGAUCAUCAACAAGUUUCGAGUCCAGUUCUUCUUGGAGAAAGAGUGCAACUCCGAUGGGGACAUGGAUCGAUGGCUCGAGUUUGCGUUCAUGUCAAAUAAUAGACUCGAGUUCUUGGAGCUGUUCUACUUCACUGACAGCCGUUCCCAUUACGUUUUCCCCGAGGGUUGUUUCGAUCGCAUCAAGACUCAGACGUCCGACAUCAAGCUCCUCAGAUCCUUGAGCUUGAGCUUCGUUGAUGUACGAGGAGAGGUGGUCGAGCAUUUCGCGGCUAACUGUCCCUUGCUCCCACAUCUGGUCCUGCAUCAAUCACACUCUCUAGUGAGUCUCAGGCUGCGACGUAUUCGGGCGCUGAGAUACUUGGAAGUAAGCAGAUGCAGGCCGAUGAAAGUGCUGGAGAUCGACGAUGCUCCAGGGCUCACUCACCUGCACUACCAUGGCCAAGAUGAUGGAACGAAGGAAUUGCGGGUGCACAACAAUUGUGGCCGUCUCGUGGAGUUGACACUAGGGUUUGAUUUUUGCAAGCCUGAGUUUGCUUUCCGCUCCAUCUCUGCCUACGUUGGUCGGCUGCAAUCCCUCACGGUGAAAAUGAGCCCCUCAGUGAUUAGGUUUCCUUCGAAUAUGGCUGAAUUGACUUGCCUGGAGCGGCUAACAUUACAAAAUUUACCUGCGCAAGGCGACAUAAGCAUCCUAGGCUGGAGUACAUGGAUAAAUGCGUGUCCUCGUCUGCACACAUUGAGAGUUAAGGUGGCUACGACCAUGUCGAAAGGCAAAAGCCUAAGACUGUGGAAGGCUCCAGUGGUGAAUAAAGUGAAAAGGACGAGCAUCAAAGAGGUCGAGAUUGUUGGGUUCAAUGGCUUCGACCUUGAUUGUGAGUUUGUUGAGUAUGCUUUCGAGUAUUUUAUCGGGAUGGAGAAGUUAGUUCUCGACAGAGGGUUGACUAUACCAGGUUUUGGUGGACCUUACAACAAGUUUUGCACAGAGCAACAAGCUCAAAUAGCAAAACAGCGUGCAUUAGAGUUCAAAUCAAGAGCACCACCAACACUACUGCAAUUUGACGUUGUCUAGGUCGUUUGUUUUCAGUAACAUUAUUAUUAGAGACAAAUAUUGGUUUACCCAACUUUUGGUCCAAAAUUGUAAAAAAGUAUUAACACUACACUUGAGGGUGUUGUUGCAUGAUUAAUUACAACUUCUUGAGAAUAAACUGAUUUGCACUUAAACCACACAAUCCAUGUAUCAUGGGCGAUUACAAACCCAAAGCCCAAAGAAUAUAAUUAUGCUAAUUAAUCAUGUUAUGCAAGUUGAUUGGCAUUUAAUUAUGGGAGCUCAAUAUUUUAAAAUCGGUUGUCUAAGCAAGCGAACAAAAACGAUAUUUAUCGCAUGGACCAUUUGUAAAGUGGUAUAUGCAUGCAUGGCAAAACUUAAUUUGCCAUUUCACUUUCUAAUUGCUGGUGUUCUGAUUCUUUUAUGAAAAAGGGUUAAGUCUCACUCAUUUGUUAUAUAUUAAUCGAUUUCUUUAUCAUGGAACAAGUGGUUUACUACGCUGCAUAAUUGGCUAAUUGAAAUUAGUUUCAUAUUUGAUGCCAAUAUGUGGAGCCAAAUAUACAAUGUUGUCAAAUUAGUUUAUACCGUUACAUUGAUUUAAAAAGUGAUAUGGUUCAAUCGCGGUAAAAUUUAUUUAUAUGUGACUUUACGGUGGGUUUAACAAAACAUACGAGAAGUAGAAAAUCAUUAACACCAAAUGAAUGGUGCAUUAGUAU